AUACAUUUUGGAUUAUUUUGAUUGUCGUAUGGGGUAGCUGCUGCUGCUGUUGUUGUUGUUGUUGUUGUUGCUGUUGUUGCUACUGUCGAUGUUAUGUCGCGUAAGAGCUAUUCAGGGGGUUGUGAAGAGACGAAGAGAGAAAAAGAAAAGAGGCGAAAACAAGAGGAUGCUAUGUAGAUGGUGUGGUUUUAUAAAUGCUCUUUACAGGUAUACGCUAUGCUGAUGAUGGUGGUGGUGGUGGUGCUGCUGCUGCUGCAUGUCCUCGUAGUGUGGUGUGUGAUGCUGUGUUUGUCCCCUUCCGCGCUCCUUCUUUUUUUCGCUUGCACGCAAGAUAAAAAAAAACAAGUCCAAGGACGAGAAGAGAAAAAAGGAGGAAGAGAAAAAGAAAGAGAGUGGUUCACGAUGAGCCGGGUAUCAGGGAGUACUGUAAGUAUAUACGAUGCUUGCUGCUACUGCUGCUGCUGCUACUGCUACUGCUGCUAUAUGUACGAUGGAGACGGCGAUGGAAGAGAAAG